CCACUGCCUCAGCUCCUCACUUCUCUCUGCUCCUCUGCUGACUGACACUUCUGAUACCUCUUUCGUCUUCCCUUCCUUCCUCCCCUUCUUCUCAUCUUUUCACCCGCACCUCAUCCUCCUCAUCCUCAAGCCGCCAUGGUGAACAGAUAACCGCCCGGCCGUCCCAAGACCAUGGGUGCCUGCCUCUGCAAAGGUCACAAAGAGUUCCACCAUCCCAUGACGGCAUCGCAGGACCAGGAUGUGGAGGGUCAGACAUCCUCUGCCAAGGAUGACCAGAAUCCAUCCAACGGCAGUGUGGCAGAUAAAAGCAGCGGCUAUGAUAUUGGCGAGCUGGCCACCUCCUCUUUGAUGGGUCUGGUGGCGACGAUAAAGGAGCAUAUAACGCAGCCGACGGCAAUGGCCCAGGGGCGAGUUGCUCACCUGAUUGAGUGGAAGGGUUGGGGCGGAGGUGGCGAAGCUAGGGGAGGUGCGGGUGGUUGGAGCGGGGCCCGGGGUAAAGGAGGCGGAGGCUGGGGGGGGAUAGGGGCCGAGCUGCAGGAAGAUGAGCAGUUCUACUCCCAAAUGACGGACGAGAUCAAGGAGGCUCGCUUCGCUGCAGGCGUAGCAGAGCAGUUUGCCCUGGCUGAGGCAUCGAUGAAUGUGUGGUCGAUGAACGAUGGCUUGGAGCAGCCAUCCACCAGUUUACAAGCAGCACAAAGCCACUUCUUGUCCCAGUUCCUGCUGGACGGUGGAAGCGUCAGCGUUCCCCAACACCUGUACAGCAUCCACGCCCAGACUUACGGCGACAACAGGGCGGCCAAUCUGGUCCCUCCAUCAGUGGUUGACUCCAUUUCCCCAACGUCCAACACCCAGCAGGACAGAGAACGUCACCUCGAGGACAAGAGCACUGCGACUGCAGAGGCUGCUGUACGACAUGUAGACAGCAGCUCGCUAUCCGAGGAUGACGUUUUUUAUAAUUAGGUUUAACAGGAAAACAAGCCAGCAAUUUUGAUGGCAAUCUCUUAAAUGAGCCUCAUUGAGGGGACUUGAGUCUCAGCCACCAGCAGCGACUGCUACAAAGAAAAAAAAAGGUAGGCAUCUGAAAUAUCUCAAAAGGCAAUUCCACAAAUGGCUCGUCUGGGAAGGUUUCAGCAUCUGGUCUUCAGAUACAGACUCCAAAUUAUAUUUUCUCUCCAGUUGAGGCGUAUACUUUUGUGAAUGUACAUAGUUCCACUGUUACAUUUUUAUUUUUUAUUCAAUGUACAUUAAACACUUUCAUAUUAUAGGUAGAACUGAACUGUGAAGAGUUGAACGAUACUGGUGUAAAUCUUGUUAUUAAACAUCACUUUUAAUAUAUGUGCUGAGUAUAUUUGUCCAGUUCUAGUUUUGAUCCCUUUCUCAUUCACAUUGGUGAAUUGAACAGAUGAAUGCAGUGAAGGGACAACGAAGUCUGACCUUAAGCAAUUUGAGUGGAGAAAAUAAGAAAGAAAUUGAUUUGUCGUCUUUGAGGUUUCUCAUCUUAAUCAAGAGAGACGUCUGUUGUAAAGAAAGCGUACACCCAAUUAUCUGUCUGAGUCCCAGCUAUGAUUAGCUAUUAUUCACACUCUUAUGUCUGAGAGCGACAUCAGCAGGGGGGUGGUGUAGAGAAAAGACGAAUCCGUCAGCGUGCAUGUGGUUCCACACGUAUGUCAGCAUGCCUGUGUAUGGUGUUAGUGUUACUUGUCACGGUGUUUCUUUUAGCACAGGAUUACACAAAACAAAGCUGUGCCCUGUGGUGCGUCAUUGCUGUUUCCCCUUUUGUUAUCUCAGUGGGACUGAAUGGUUUUCAAUUGAUGUGGGAAAAAAAUCAAAAGGCUGUGCACGGCUGGCAUGAUCACAUCCAUCAUGACACAAAACCCCGCAAAGCAAAGACGUCAACUGAUUUGAGACCUACGUAGCUCUCCAGUGCACAGCGGCGCACCAUGGGGCCACUGAAAAUCUUGGGGAGGCACACCACAACCAAAAGCCAUUCAGGAUUUCCUUCUGUUGUAGAAGUAUAGGCUCAAAAUGAUCCCACACUUCCUGCCUGACAUGUAAUUAACUAGCCUGUGUAAUCACUGCAGGUACCAGCCAUGUAAAUUAGGGGCCGUACACAUGCUGUGUCUUUAACUGUCUGGAAAAUGCGAGGUCGAGCACAGGGCACUAUUCUUGUGCCUUUUUGUGUGCCAGCUUUCAAGAGAGUGGCAGCAGGUUGCAUCUGAGGUUGCUGGGCAACCUUAAUAAGCACUGUAUCACAGCACCUGGAGCUAAUCUUCCUCCAGGUGCUGUUUAGAUGUGUGUCGACUGUGGGCCAGAUGUAAAGUUCUGAGUAGCCCUGCACUAAGAAGAUAAACUUUUUUGUGUUUAUCAUAGACUGAAUAUUUAUGGAAGAAGGGAAGGAUAUCUGUCAGCUGUGACUGGUUUGUAAAGUGAUUCCUGUCUGUCUGCUGAGCGUGGUGUCUUCCUGUGUCUGUCCUUUCAAACUGAGUUCCCACACGGUCCAGUCAUAUUAGUUUUGAUUUAUUUUGACGAGGUGCAGCUCCUAAUAGAGUUUCACCUUUACUUGUUUUUUUGUGCUACCCAGGACAUAUUCACACUGGUGCUAUUUGGUCCACCUCAAACGAACCCUGGUCCGCUUCUACGGAUAGUUCAGUUCAUUUGGAGUGGUGUGAACGCCCAUUCGAACUCUAGUGCGGACCAACGAGCCAACCUUGGUCCACUUGAAAACUGGGGGUCUCGGUUCACUUGCAAGUGAACCCUGGUGCGGUUUGCUUACAGUGGAAAAUGCAAACGGACUAUCCGGUGAACCAAAGAGAAGAAGUGAACCAAAGAGAGGAAGUGACGUAGAGCCCGGUGCAUUUUGGGUAGAAAAAAAAACAAAGCCAAUGAUGUGAACCGGGAAGCAGAGGUAAAAACAAGAAAAAGUUGAAAAAUGUCUCGUGGGCAGACGUGGAGUAGUGAGGAGGUGCAGACGCUUACCCCAAGUCUGCAUAAAUUUGAUGUUGCUCCAUUGUUUUUGUGCUAACCAAGCCAGCUGAAGGGGAUGGACUUCCAUUUUCAGUCCUGGCCAAUCAAUGAGUCGGGUUUUCCUCUUCCUCAUACUUUUUUUUCUUCUUUUUCUUUCUCUGGUCAGUGGUCUUUUGGGCAAUACCGCCCCAAAAGAGCAGCUAUUGUAACUGCGUGACAUUGUCCAGGAGGUUUGGUGCAGUGUGAAAGUCAACUGAACCAAAUAAAGGUGUGAAAGUUUUCGGCAUUCCUCACCCAAUCAACCCGAGUCCCCAGACUAUCCUGCUGUGAAUGCACCCUAAGCGACCAGUUAAAUCAGUUUUUUAAUUUACAGUUAGUAUUACAAAUUAUCUGAUGUACAUAGAGUAAUAAUGGUGCGGUUAACACUUUGAGUUCCACAACAAUCCUGUUUAAUGUGUUAGGUUUUUAUACAUUUAAGCGAUUCAUCGUUCUGUGAAUAGUUCAUUCAUUCAUUCAUUCAUCUUCUAACCGCUUCAUCCUCUUGAGGGUCGCGGUUGACAUCAGGCAAGAGGCAGGGUACACCCUGGACAGGUCGCCAGACUAGACUGUGAUUAGACACAUCUAGACUAGACAGGGCUGACACAUAGAGACAAACAACCAUCACGCUCACAUUCACACCUUUUAGAGUUAUCAAUUAACCUAAUCCCCAAUCUGCAUGUCUUUGGACUGUGGGAGGAAGCCGGAGUGCCCGGAGAGAACCCACGCUGACACAGGGAGAACAUGCAAACUCCACA